AAGUUGACCCAGUACUUCGUAACCAUUGUUGAAUACAACUUCUACAUUUUAAAGAAAAAAAUGUUUAUUGCCCGACGUGUUGGGGUACGUUUUUUGAGCAAUGCCAUUUAAAUUAUUGUUAAAAGUAAUUAAUGUGAAUCAUUGUUUUCAAUAAUACACAAUGAAUAUUUAUAAAUUGAUGUUUUUCCAAAUAAUUAUAUUAAUAAGUGCGAAAGCCUCAUGUGGGGAUACAGAUUAUGAUGCAUUUUCGAAUAUAAGCAAAGACUUUAGUUUACCGGAAUCUCUAAAACGCUUUGCCCGCAUGCGUUGCUUACAAACAUAUCCUCAGGCGGAUUUUCAUAAUUUUACCAACACUCAUGACACCCAGUGUUUCUUACAGUGCUUCCUCUAUAAAUUGGGCUUGAUGAAUUUAUCAACCCGAGGUUUGGAUAGUAACAAAUUCUUGGAUUUAUGGGACGACAUCGAUGAGGCCUUUGAGGAAAAGUGUAUGGACAAAUUUAAAUUUGAUGAACCCUUGAGUGGCAAUUGCGCUGAUACCUACCACAAAUUAAUGGAAUACCGUUCACAUUGUUUGGAGCUAUUUGAGUUUACAUUCGGUCAGAAUAGUACAUGGAAUUCGAAAGAGCCUUCCAAAUCAAUUGGGCAAUCCGCAUCGGAGUUCUGCGAUUCCAUUGAAGAAGGUGUGGAAACUGUAACUGAGAAUUCCCAGUCACCUGAAAUUAGCUUUUUGGGACAUUACAAAAGUAAAUUGGAAUGCCUAUUUCAGAAUUAUCAUUAUUUGGAUGGCUAUGGGAGAAUUGAUGAAUCUGAAAUAAUUUUGAGCUAUGAAGAAGCCCAAGCGAAUAGUGAAGACAGACGGCAAGUGAUUAAAAUGUGUGUCCAUCAUGCCAAUGGCAACUAUCAUGAAAACAAUCUAAAAGAUGAAGUAUUUGAGUUGCAGACAUGCCUUAAGAAAUACAGUCCUGAGUUUCCACUGGUCAGCCAACGAAGAGAUGAAGUGUCACGGGAAUAUUAGACAAGACAUCCAAUGCGUUUA